CCUACAUUGUUUUCGAUCUGUCAUAAGUGUUAUUUAUAUUAUUUUUCUUUCGUUAAAAUUGCAAAUAAAAUGAAAUUAAAUUUAAUAAUAUAAUUUUAAAGAUGUCAACGAUUAUAAAGUUUGAUCUAAAGGAACUGAGAAAAUUAGCUAAUGAUAAAAAUUCGUGUAUAAUUGAGAAAAAAGUGACACAAAAUCUAGCUUUACAACCAUGGUGUCUAAGCAAUCUUAAAGAUUCUAUAAAAAAUCUGUUAGAUUAUAAGAUAGGCAAAUUUGAUAAAGAAUUUGACGGGAUUUUGUUAAGCUACAAGAAUCUUCGAAUACUUCAAAAUGUUGGUGCAAUACGUAACGAUAACGCCGACAUACAUUUCCAAGUACAAGCCGAUUAUUUUAUAUUCCGCCCAUAUGUCGGCGCUACAUUGAAAGGCAUUGUUAACAAAAAGAGUACAACACAUCUGGGUAUACUUGUGCAUAGAGUCUUUAAUGUAGUUAUUCCAAGACCUACAGAAGAGCCUGGGAAUGACUGGGUUGGUUGUAAUGUUACAGAGGGACAAGAAGUUGUGUUUCAAAUAGUCGUACUAGACCUUUAUGGAGCUUUGCCAUACAUAAGAGGGAAAUUAGAUGAGAGGAGGCUUAAAUCAGACCAAGAUGUUGGUGAUGAAGCAAUUGAAACAAAACCUGCUAAAUCUAUUAGUGUGGCAUAUGUUAAUUUUGAUAAAACAAAACCAAAUCAAAAAGAAGACGGUGAUAAAUUGGUACAUACAUCUUCAAAAAAGAAAUCAAGCAAUAGUAAUAUAAAAAACAAUAAUACUAAUGGACAACUUGAACAUAUUGAAAAUGUAAAUCAUAAUUCUGAAAAAACCAAAAACAAAAACAAUAAACAUGACCCAGAAAUCAAACACUUAAUAAAAAAAUCAAAAAAGACUGUUUAGAAGAAAUGAAAUGUUAUUCUGAAUGUGUGAAAAAAUAAAAAUGUCAUUUACUUGCCAUACAAGUAUCUGACAUUUUUAUUUUUAAUGUUUAUUAAAUAUUAUUUUUAUGAGAAUAUGAAA